UGCAAUACCAAAGUAUAUCAUUGGUGUUUAGACGUUUAGUCUCAUGCGUUGUGUUGUAGUGAAAUUCGUUAUAAAAAUAUUUCGUUGUUACUUGUUACCAUAAUACGCACUAUAGCAGGUCGGACCAUCUUAUCAGAUUAUCAGGAAAUCAGGAACUAAAGUUUCAAGAGGUUCUAAGCAAUGGCCACCAGCAAAAACAGUAAAUUCAAAACGCAAGCAAUUAUCUGAACUUUGUUCAACCAAAUUAAUGUCAAAAGUAAAACCUACCAUCCCUCCAAACUUUGUAGACAAUUUAUUUAAGCAAACAAGAUUUACAAAGAAAGAAAUCGUUGGAUUAUGCAAGCUAUUUAAAAAACUUGUUGCUAUUUAUGGCGUUGAAUCCACGUCUUCAGUAGCGGCAAUGAGUUCGGUUGCUUUAAUAACGAUUCCAACGCAGGGUUUUGAUAGGUCAAUGUUCAGAGAAUUUCUGCAAAAUGAAUUUGGAAUUACAACUGAGGAGAUUUUGACAGAUCGUAUAUUUUGUUUUUUCGAUCAACGAAAUGACGGCGUUAUACACGAAGAUGAAUGGAUAACUGGAUUGUCGGUAUUGCUAAAAGGCACUCAGGACGAACGAAUUAAAUACACGUUCACUAUAUACGAUCUAAAUAACGAUGGAUUUAUAACGAAAGAAGAGAUUUUCAGUCUGUUAAGGAACUGUUUGGUCAAACAUCCGCAAGACGAGGAUCCAGAUGAAGGCGUACGAGAACUUGUCGACAUUGUAUUGCGCAAAAUGGAUUGUGACAACGAUUCAAAACUUUCGUUUGAAGAUUUUUCUACGUCUGUUAUCAAACAAUCGUUAUUGCUUGAAGCUUUUGGACAAUGUUUACCAUCUAGAGAAAUUUCAGAGAGCUUUUUAAAUUCUAUUAACAGUGUACAGUAAAUAUUUGAUAUUCAAAAAGUUACCAGCAAGAGCAAUAAAACUAUUUAAAAAUCUCGUUCAGACGUUCAGUCAUACGCUAUUAUUAUCAGAAAUGUUAUGUAUUAGAAUCAAAAAAUCUUAUUAGUUAAUACUUUUUAAUUAAC